UGUAGUUCUAUGUUAGGCACAAGGCUGCAUGAUGGACCUCUGUUCCCACAAUCCCUUUCUUUCGAGAGAAUUGUGGGAGCUGCAACCUUGUUUUGUGAUUUUGGAAGCUGUCAUAAGCCUUGGGAAGCAGGAGAUCCAGAUAUUCUGUCGUUGCUCCGGUUUAUAAGAUGGAAGAUGGACCACCCCCGGUAAGAACACAUUUGGACCCUCUGGAUUUAAGUACAACAGAGGACUCUGCGAAACCCGAUGGACAAUGUUCAUCCGAGGGUAAAAACACAAGAAAGGGAAAGUUGGGUCGGAAGAGGAGAGAGAACAGCACCAGCAAUAAGAAGCCACCGGUGGAUGUGAAGUGCACCGGCCACAAAAGGGACUAUUCGUGCGAUGAGUGUUUGAAGAUGUUCACCAGCAGCUCGGCCCUCGGUAGACAUCGUAGACUUCAUAGAGGGUGGAAACCGUACAUGUGCACGGAGUGCGACAAAUGUUUCACUCGCAGCGAACACCUCAUCAUACACCUGAGGAGCCACUCGGGAGAGAGGCCGUAUUCCUGCUCGGAGUGCGGAAAAAGUUUCACGAGCGGCUCGACUCUCACGCUUCACGAGCGGACUCACACCGGGGAGAGGCCUUAUACUUGCCGAGAGUGCGGGAAGGGAUUUAUAAGGGCCUCGCAUCUUGCUCUUCACAACCGUUCGCACACCGGGGAGAGGCCAUACCCCUGCCAAGAGUGCGGGAAGAGUUUUGCUGACAGUUCCACCUUGGCCAAGCAUCAAAAGACUCACUCUGGGGAAAGGCCGUACGUCUGCGGGCUUUGCUGGAGAGGCUUUACCCACAGUGCAAAUCUCAUAGCCCACCAAAGGACCCACACAGGGGAGCGGCCGUAUUGGUGCAGCGAGUGUGGAAAAUCCUUCACUCGCACCUCGCACUUAAUCCUGCAUAUGAGGCGGCACCAGGAUAAGCCAUCGUCAUAACGGGCAAUCUAUGAUAUUCUGUGCAAGUUACUAUAUUACUAGGAUAUUGUUUCAAAAAUAAAAAAAUGAGCAAAUGCUUAAGCUCGUAUUGACGCAUAA